AUGACGGGUUUUGGCCUAAGACGCGAGGUGUUGGCGCUCUACCGAGACGCACUCCGCGUUGCGAGGAGCUUUCCUGAUCGCAGUAUGGGCCGCAAACUACAAUACAACGCGCGCGAGUUACUACGUCUGCGACAGCACGAGUGCAGUGCCGUGCGCAUCCAGACGCACUUGACGGAGGGCCAUGACGCUCUGAACGUAUACCGAGUGCUGCAACGUGAUGCGAAAUUGCUUAUCGCCAUAACGAGAAAGAAUAGACCCAUGUCAGAGUCGGAAUCCAAUUAG